CAACAAAUCCGCCAUAUUUUCCCGUCCUUUCUUUAUUAUUAUUAUUAUUUUGCUAUUUGCAUUUGUAGGAAAAAAUCAAAAAUCUCUUCCUGUUUGUACAUAUUCCAUAUUUUGCCAAGUGAAAAAUGUAAAUUGAGUGAAAUCCUAAUAGAUAUUAGGUACAAUAACUAUUAACAUUUACACAGAAUGGGAUCAGUAGCAAACAAUUUGGAAUCCUUUAAUAUUGCAGAUCUUUCUCCAGAGCAACAAAAAGUUUUGAUAGAGAUUAGAAGAAAGAAAACUGACCUCCUGCUCCAAAUACAGCAACUAAAAGAUGAUCUAUGUGAGGUGGUUUCCGAAAUGGAAUCUCUAGAUUCUGGCGACGAUGGAAAAAAUAGUAACAGAACCAAGAUGAUGUCAAUAGGAAGGAAAAAGUUUAACAUGGACCCUAAAAAAGGCAUUGAGUAUUUGAUAGAAAAAGGAUUGUUACAGAACACUGCAGAAAGUGUGGCACAAUUUCUUCAUAAAGGCGAGGGUUUAAACAAGACUGCAAUUGGAGAUUAUUUAGGAGAAAGAAACGAAUUUAACGAGAAAGUUUUACAAGCAUUUGUUAAUCUGCACGAUUUUACAGAUUUAAUUCUAGUCCAGGCUUUAAGACAAUUUUUAUGGAGUUUCCGAUUACCAGGAGAAGCUCAAAAAAUUGAUAGAAUGAUGGAAUGUUUUGCAAAAAGAUAUUGCGAUUGUCAAGGAGAUAAUAAUAUUUUCGAAAAUUCCGACACAUGCUAUGUCCUCUCUUUUGCUAUCAUAAUGCUGAAUACUAGUUUACACAAUCCGAGCGUGAAAGAUAAACCCACCAUUGAACAAUUUGUAAAUAUGAAUAGAGGAAUAAACCAGGGCCAAGAUUUGCCAAGAGAAUUACUUGUUAGUUUAUAUGAUAGUAUUAAAGCAGAGCCAUUCAAAAUUCCAGAGGAUGACGGUAACGAUUUGAUGCAUACCUUCUUCAAUCCAGACAAAGAAGGAUGGCUCUGGAAACAAGGCGGACGUUACAAAAGUUGGAAACGCCGCUGGUUUAUAUUAAACGAUAAUUGUUUGUAUUAUUUCGAAUAUACAACUGAUAAAGAACCACGAGGCAUAAUUCCUUUGGAAAAUAUUUCCAUCAGGGAAUGUCAGGAUAGACAGAAACACUAUUGUUUCGAGCUGUAUGCUAGUGGAGGAGCCGAUUUUAUUAAGGCAUGUAAGACUGAUUCAGAAGGUAAGGUGGUGGAGGGUAAACACACAGUUUACCGAAUGUCUGCCAGCAGUGAUGAGGAACGCAAAGAAUGGAUAGAACGAUUAACGCAAAGCAUAAGUCACAAUCCGUUUUACGAUAUUCUGGCGAAUCGUAAACGAAAAGCCCAGCUCUACACCAAAAAUUAGUUAUUACUACCACGGAUAGUGAUAGUAGUAGUAGUAGUGCCAGCAAGUAAGAGAAUCAGCCUACCAGAAGCUAGUUGGUGAAUUGAACAUGGCACAUUUAUAUCACAUUGAUGACCCAAGUCGACAAGGCUCGAUGACUGGAGGUUAAUGCUAAAGCUAUAAAUAUAUGAUCAAAAAUUGAAACUUGCACUAGCGUCACUUAUCGUUGAGAAAAAAAAACACUAAAAAUUUCAAUUUUGUCUAUUUUAUAUAAAUAUUUUUUAAUAUUUAAUAAUUAUUAUCAUUAUAACUGUAUUGAAUCAAAACAGAGCUUUGUGCUGUUUCUUUCGGUAGGAUUUCAAUUGCUGUCAAAUCAAUUCGGAUAUCAAGACAGCAUCAAUGAAAAGGUUCUUCUGGUAACUAACUAUCUUUUUGUAUAUUUUUUAUUUUAUUAUUUGAGUGUUAUUAUGAAUUCUCAUAAUCGCACUAGUGCUAUUAUGAAGGACCUAAUGACAUUCAAAUGACAAUGCUAAAUGUGUCAUAAUGACACCGACAUAGAUUAAUUCUAUUACUUGCUCGCACUAUAGAUAUAAAUGGAUGACCAUGACUAUGUACCUGUUAUCAUCAGUUUUCUGUAAGCUGAAUUUGUUUUUAGUAUAGUCACUUUACUAAUAAUUUAUUAUUUUAUUAUUUGCUGUUAGUCCUCAUGAAAAAAUAAAAGUAAAAUAGAUAAACCAUUAAAGUCUGUUUUUUUUUAAGGCAAAAUCCCAUGUCAAAAAUUUGGCAACCAAGCCUUUUCUAUGUAAAAAAAUUGAAAGUAUUGACAAUUUUACAUAGUAUUGCCAACCUAAUGUCAUUUUUAUCUUUAAUAAAAAAACAGACUUUACUUACCAUAUCAAAAAAGUUUGAGAUUUAAAUUGAUAUAUUUUUUUCAAUGUUCACAAUAAUUUAUUACUGUGUUCCAACAAGAUAUUAGAUCAUUGUAUAACAGUGAGUUCUUGUCAAAACAAUCGUCAUAAUUUAAUUAUGCACAAGAUAAAAUAACAUACAAAAAUGCAGGAAGUCGCUCUAAAGGUGCAAGACUCAUGGCUGUUUGCACCAACCAUUUUGAGGAAGCCUUAGCGAUAAGUUAGUUAAAGUGACAUUUAUCCAUGUAGAAAUGUCAAUUUGAGGAAUACUUAUCGCUAAUGCUUCCUUAAAAUGGUCGGUGCAAACGGCCAUCAAUGAAUUAUUAUUGUUUUAGAACUUCUUUCCUAACAGGAGGGCGCUGGUGGUUGAUUCAUAAUCAAUUGUAUAAAUUAAUAAUUGUGUUAAUAAAUAAAAGUUAAAGUUAUG